AUGAAGUUGCCACGAGAUCAAAUCGAAAAAUUGAAAGAAAGCGAAGGUCAAUUGUUUUCAAUCAAUGGUAUUUUCACAACAAGUAGUCUUCGUUCAACUGCAUUGAAUCAAAUGAUGACACAUUCGAAACAAACUAAUCUUUGUUCUGUUCUCUUAGAAAUUCAAUGCGAUAUGAAAGAUCUCAGCAACAAUGUCAUUAUUGCUGAUCUAUGUGAAGAAGAACAAGAAACUCUGUUCAAUUCAAAUGUCACUUUUCGAUUGGAGAGUAUGAGAAUGGAGGAAGAAAUUUGCUUGAUUCAAAUGACUGUUUCGAAUGAAGGUCAAAUUAUUAAAGAAAAAUACAUUAAAGACUCUCGUCGCCAAAUAAAAGAUCUCAGUAUUAAUAUUCUCUUUGGACGAUUGAUGUGUGAUAUGGGUCUAUGGAUUCAAUCACAACAUUUCUUAGAACGUUUAUUGAACAGCUCGAAUAGCAAUAAUGAAGAUCUUGCAAAGAUUGAAUAUAGUCUUGGUGAUGUGCAUCAGUGGAAAGGAGAAUGGAAAGAAGCACGAAAAUAUUAUGAUUGGGCUCAUGACAGAAUAAAAAGUAUCAAACCACUACGGAUCCAAGAUUUCGUUUAUAUACUCUAUAAUAUUGGUGAUAUUCUCUAUCUAGAAGGAAAGCAUGAUGAAGCUCGUGAUUAUUAUGAAAGAGCAUUGGCUAUUCUAAAAACAAAUUAUUCUUCUGUCACGGUCGAUACACCUUCUUCAUUAAAUCAUCAACUCAACGGUGUACUGAGUCGUGUUCCCUCAUCGUUCUUGUCGAUUUUAUCGAGUUUGGGUGGAUUCUUUCAAUCUUGCUUCAGAUGGUUUUGCGCUGGAAAAAUUCUCGGAAUUAUUUAUUGGUUCUGUCCAAAAUAUGCAGCAAACCGAAUCGAACUUGUUGACAAACAGUCAAGCCAAACUCAGCUACAAGAAAUAUGCCGAAACAUACGAGAAGUAGAUUGGUUACAAACGAGAGAAGCUAACGCAGAUGAUCAUUUGCUUAUUGCUACUAUUCUCCGCAGUUUUGGCCAGAUCUUUGAUCGACAAGAAAGACAUGAACAAGCACUUUGCUAUCAUCAACAAGCACUGACAAUGUUCGAGAAAUAUUAUCGAUUUCCUCAUAUCGAUAUCGCUGUUAGUCUUUACUAUGUUGGUGCAAUUUUUAAAUGUCAAAAACAAUAUGAUCAAGCGCUUGAUUUCUAUCAACGAGCAAUGUCAAUCUAUAGUAGAUAUUAUCCAAAUGGUCAUGUAUACAUUGCUUGGACCCUCAGCGACAUCGGUCACAUUUUAUACCUCCAAGGUAAUUCUAAUGUUGAUCCAUCACCUCUAGUUAUAAUAGCUGAUAAAAUACCAAUAUAUACACUAGUGUAA